AUGCUCUUUCAGGAGUCAGAAGACGAAAAUAUGUAUAUUACGAGUAAAUACGAACCACCGACUGACUUUGACACGAUCACUAUCAAUACGACCAAUGUCUCGACUAACUUUGGCACGAUCUCUCCCACAACGAAUGUUCCUACAAAUAUUAGUAAAUACGAACCCUCGAUUGAUUACGACACGAUCGACGCGAUCGCAACCCCUACGAAAAACGGUUCAGUCGACCUUGACAUGGUCACUGUUCCUGUAACCAGUAUUACCAAUAUUCCUGAUAAUUAUGGCACGAUCACCCCUAUGGCUGAGGUUCCGGAAUUCUUUUUACUCCCCGAAGUAGAUAUAAACACAUGCAGGAUUCUACUAAAACCAUACCAUCCUCGUUCGGCUUACUCUGCUAUAUCUAAUUCAUCAGCACUUCAAAAAGACGAUCAUCAAAGUAAUGAAGGCCCUCUAAUAUACUAUGAACCGAAUCUAACACCCGAAACAUUGGCAGAAACAAAUGCUAAAGUUACCAAAAACAUUGAACACCAACUUCGACAACCUAAAGGAGAUCCACGAAUAAAUCGCGAAUAUGCUCUGAGUCUUAAUGUCAAACGACAAAAGUACUGCAAGUCAUUGCAAGUUCUUACAUAUGAGCAAGAUAAGAAAACACAUAAUCGCAAAGAGUCCACUGUUAUCAUAUCAUUCCUUGAUAAAUUUAUGCUUGAAUCUCAAAUUCGAGAAAAUUUUGAAGAAUGUGGAUUUAUACAAGAAUGUAAUAUCGAAAAACACCCAGACUAUAAUCAUAGUCUUGGAAUCGCAACAGUUACUUAUUAUGGAGAUGAUGAUGGUGUAGCUUUGAAUGCAGCGAGAGAGGCUGUCAUUAGAUUUAAUGGCAAACAAAUAUCCGGUGGUCCACCGAUUAAAGUGGAACUGGAUAAUGAUGGUUCAAAGUUGAAAUCUGCCAUCGAUGCAUAUAUUUCAGAAGGUCAAACACAAAAAGAAUCACAUUCACCUAGUAAUAGUCAUAAAUCAACACCAUUGGCAAAUGACAUUGAUAUGGAAAUUGAUGAUAUACCAUCUCCAUCCCCACCAAUGGCACCCCCAGCGGCUCCUCCAAUAAAAGUUCCAUUGGAUCCACCACCAUCUCGGUCAUUAGAUAGUAUUAAAAGUAAAUUUACACAUUCUAUUCCAACAUCUAAAACACCUGCUACGAAAGAUUCAACAUCGACAACAAAGCUUCCGGUAAAAGAUUCAACUAAAAUGUCAUUAAAAGAUUCUGUUCCAGCAUCUAAGAUGCUAUCAAAACCUUUUUCAACAUCUAAAGUGUCAUCAAAAGAUUUUGAUUCAGAUAUUAAAGGGUCGUCGAAAGAAUUUACUUCGAUUCCUAAAAUUUCUUCGAAAGAUUCUACCAAAUUAUUUAAUGAAGUUUUUGAUAAAAAUGAGCAGAAACAAGAUAUGCAGUUUAUGAAUGAUGACAAAGAAGAUGGCGAAAUCGAUUCAAAUACUGAAGAACCGACGCCACGUAGUAUUAAGGUUAAAGGGCUUGAAAGAGGUCCAUUUGACUCAAGCUGGCGAUAUCCAGCUGAAUCUAGAGCACGAUUAUCUUCAUGGCGUGACUAUGAUCACCUACAAUACGAUUCUGAUCGUUACGGUUUAGAUCGUAGAAGACGAAAUUCUUCAAGGGAUAGAUCUAAUAAAGAAGGUAAUCAUGGUAGAUAUCAUGACUCUUAUCGUAACCGUGACCGUGAUUGCACUUCAAGUCGUGAAUAUGAAAGUAGCCGUAAACAUGAUCGAGAUACAGCUCGUUCACGUGGUCGAGAAAGCGAUCAAAGUCGCGAUAAGGAUAACGUCCGCAAUAAUGAUCGUGAUCGGGAUUAUCUAUAUAAUCGAAAUCCAUCAGAUAGAUCUCAAACAUCACGCAAUGAUGAAAAGAAAAUUCAACCAGAAAAGGAAGAUGGCAAUACAAAUCCUAAUGCUAGCAUCAAAAUUGAAGAGGAAGAAAAAAUAGGUAUAAGCUUUUUAGAGGCAUUUCAUGAUCUAAAAGACCUUCCAAGCUUCCGGAAACGUUCGAACUUGAACAACACGAAAGAUUCAAAGAAAAAACAGGAAAUUUUGAUGAAAGAUCAAAAAAACCUGUCCACGUAUGAGUCUAAAGAUGUUAAUCGAGACUCUCAACAAAAGAUUACUUCAUCAAGUUCUAUACAAUCAAAGAAACCAAUAACUAAGAAAUCAUCAGAAUCAAUCGACAAUGAAUCUGACGGUUAUGGUACUCACGAUACAGAUGAUAAAUCGUACGGAAGCGUUCGUCGAAAAAAUACCAAACAGAGCACCAGACCUAGUAAACGAGUUGAAAGACCGAAAAUUAGUGACUGGGACUAUUCAUCAUCAGAGUCAUCUUUAGAAGAUACGAAGAAGGAUUCAACAUCCACUAUUAGAAAUCCGUCACCUUUUAAGAGUGAAAAAUUGGAUAAUGUGAAUAAUAGUGAUAAAAACAAUGAUGUUGAAAUACAAUCAAUACAGAAAAAAAAUCAAAAGUUAAGCGCAUCGAAUGCAUCUGAAGCCAGUAAAAAAGUACAUAAUAAAUCCAAUAUUUCAAGCGUGUCUGAAACAACCAAAAAAUUGAAAAGCAGUAGCUAUAAUUUUAAUUCCACUCUAAAGCAUCGUGAAUUAAAAAAUCGAAUCUUUGUUGCUACACCUGGAUCAAGUACAAAAAUUAAAUCUAGUCGCAGACAAAAAAAUAAUUUGGUAUCAAAUGCACAAAGUUCGAAAUCUAAAAACAAAUUAGCAUCUAGUUCAAAAACAUUUAAUGCGCAAGAGACAUCAAAUUCCUCCAGAAAUCAAUAUGUAAAUGAUACAACUAGCGACAGUGCAAAACAAACAAGUGGAUCCAAUUCAAACAGCGAGGGACAAGCAGAAGACUGUGAUUCGUUCUUUAAUUCAGAAUGGGUCGAGAGACCGUAUCUUACUCCAGAAGAUGGUAUCACAGAUGCAUUUGAUUUAGAUAUGAUCAAGCUUUAUCUCACUCUACAGCAGAAUAACCAAUUAGAUAGUGAUGGUGAGCCAAUAGACUGGGUAGAAAAGGAGGAAUAUACUGUCAGAGUAGGUGAUACUGUAUAUUCAUACAAAGACUAUGCGCCUGAUCCAGGACCUCAUAAGACAGGAUGUGCUAGGACUGAAGGGUAUUACAAAAUACCACCAGAAGAAAAGCGCAAAUACGUUACAUAUGGUAUCGCAGGUACGCCAUAUGCAACUGCCACAGCUCCGGCACCUAGUCCACGAGAAUCGAGAGCCAAACGGCGAGAAUUACAUGCACGGAUGGCCACAGCGUCAGAAGAUUAUCUUCAAUUUAAUCCAUUAAAAUCACGAGAAAGAGAACUUACAAUAGCAAAAUCGUCAAUACAUCACUAUGGACUUUUUACUUUAGAAAAAAUAAAGUGCGGAGAAUUUGUAAUCGAAUAUACGGGGGAAUUAAUUAGACAGGCAGUUGCAGAUUUGAGAGAAAGAAAAUAUAAGGCUGAGGGAAUUGAUGGAAGCUAUAUGUUUAGAGUAGGUGAUGAUACGAUAAUUGACGCCACUAGAAUGGGAAAUAAUGCCAGACUAAUAAAUCAUUCCUGUGAGUUUCUCAUGGAUGUUAUAUGGAAUUAA